AUGCUCGCCUUCCGCCAAACAGUCCACCACUACGGCACCGACCUCUGCUGGACCCCCAUGAUCCUCGCCAAAGAAUUCAACCGCAACAAAUUCGCCCGCGACAGCGACUUCACCAUCUCCACCGCCGGCCCCCAACCACCAACCAUCGUCCAAUUCGGCGCCAACGUCCCCCAAGAACUCGCCCGAGCCUCCUCCCUCGUCGUCCCAUUCGCCUCAGGAGUAGACCUCAACUGCGGCUGUCCCCAAUCAUGGGCCUGCUCCUCC